CAGCUCACAGGACACACAUCCUCAAAUCAUCAAACAUGAAGCUGAUUGUGUUCGCUGCAGUUUUGGCCACGGUCGCCGCCUCUGCUCCCCAGUACCAGCCCAGCUACUCUCCCCCGAGCCCUGCUCCAUACACUCCCACUACCCAGAAAUACGGACAGCAGGUCCCCCAGAUCCUCUCUCAGCAGUUCGACCUACGCCCCGACGGCUCCUACGACUCGAGCUACCAGACGGAGAAUGGCAUUUCUGCCUCGGACUCUGGCAGGCCCGUGGCCGACUACGGCGGCCAGCCUAGCUACGCUCGCGAGGGACAGUACAGCUACACCGACGACUACGGCAACACCUACACCGUCACCUACACGGCCGGCGUGAACGGUUAUCAGCCGCAGGGCGCCCACCUUCCCGUCCCGGUGCCCACCGAGUACCCGAUCCCGCAGGUGCCGGUGGUGCCCCAGGGCGAUUACCAGCCGGUCCCGGCCCCCAAGCCCGUCCAGCCCCAAUACCAGCCGUACUAGGGAUGAGUCUGGGAUAGACCAUGACAGAUUGUUACCUGAGCUGAUGUCUGUUUGUAUGUCUGUGUUUUCUUUGUGCAUCGACCGUUCGUAAUACACGGGCAAUUG